AUGCAUUCGAACUGUGAAAAUAUUCUACUACCUGUGGAAAUGGAGCGCCCUUACCAUGAAGAGGCGCGGCCUCUAGAUGUCACGGUGACCCAGGCGGACUUCAACUGCUUGCGGACAGACCUCGUCUCGCUUAGGCGCGUCCAUAGGCAGCUAGCCACCCCUAUCCAGGGACUCAGCACCGCUGCCAUGCGAGAGGACCAAAAAUAUCAAGCCAGAGCCAUUCUAACUCGCAUGAUGGAGAUCCACCUGGAGAUGGCUCGUAUUCUAGAGGAGCUGCAACGAUCAUCUCUCAUUAUCCAGGCCCUAGUCGCUCAAUAUGCGGAGCUGGAGAACGAUGUCUGGCUCCUUCUGUAG